AUGGGUGUCACUCAGCUUGCAAAGUUCGGGACACUCGAACGGGAGGAGAGAUUUAAGAAUCCUCCCAAAAACAAAAAGGAGUUGUAUCCACUUUUGAGAGAUGCUGUUGCUCCACACGUUGGAUCAUUCAAUGCCUUAACUGAGGGGAUCGACGGAGGGUUAUUGAACUUGGCCGUGAAAGACAUUGGAUCCAAGACGAUUUUUGACUCUAACGACUCUGAUAGAUUGGGGAACAAAUUGAGUAUUCGUGUUGAAUCUGUUCAAAUCGCUAAACCUGCUGUUCCUCAAAAUGACAAGUUGAGUCUUAACAGAAAGACUUUGCCCUCGGAAUGUAGAGAAAGAAUGAACUCUUAUAGAUCCAGAUUGAUGUUGAAAGUUUCCUGGAGUGUCAACGAUGGGGAGGAAGUGUCAGAAGUGAGAGAAGCUGGUCAAAUCCCCAUCAUGCUUAAGUCCAACAGAUGUCAUUUAGAGAAUAUGUCACCAUACGAAUUGGUAGAACACAGAGAAGAAAGUGAUGAAUUGGGUGGUUAUUUUAUUGUUAAUGGUAUUGAAAAGUUGAUUCGGUUGUUGAUUGUCCAAAGGAGAAACCAUCCAAUGGCUAUCAUCAGACCCUCCUUUUCCAAUAGAGGUACCAGUUAUACAAAAUAUGGUAUUCAAAUAAGAUGUGUUCGUCCAGAUCAAACAUCCCAAACAAAUGUUUUGCAUUAUUUAAGUGACGGUAAUGUUACUUUUAGGUUCUCUUGGAAGAAGAAUGAAUAUUUGGUGCCCGUAGUGAUGAUUUUAAAGGCAUUAAUUGAAACUAAUGAUAGAGAAAUUUUUGACGGUAUUGUUGGUGCUGACACCACCAAUUCCUUCUUAACCGAUCGUUUGGAAUUGUUAUUGAGAAGCUACAAACAGUAUAACUUGUAUUCCAAACAGGAAACAUUGGCUUAUUUGGGUGAUAAGUUUAGAAUUGUUUUUGGAGCAACACCUGACGUUUCAGAUAUCGAUGUUGGGAAAGAGGUCUUAAGGAGAAUUGUCUUGGUACAUUUGGAUAAAAGCUCAGAUAAGUUUAGAAUGCUUUUAUUCAUGAUUAGGAAAUUGUACUCUUUGGUUGCCGGGGAUUGUUCUCCUGAUAAUCCAGAUGCUACUCAACAUCAAGAAGUGUUAUUAGGUGGGUUCUUAUACGGUAUGAUCAUUAAGGAAAAGAUUGAUGAAUAUUUACAGAAUAUCAAAUUACAAAUCCAAUCUGAUAUAAAUCGCGGAGUGGCAGUUAAUUUCAAUGACAGAAAGUAUAUGUCCAGAGUAUUUCUCAGAAUCAAUGAAAACAUUGGUCAAAAAUUACAAUACUUUUUAUCUACUGGUAACUUGGUAUCACAAUCUGGUUUGGACUUACAACAAGUUUCUGGUUAUACUGUUGUUGCUGAAAAGAUUAAUUUCCACAGAUUUAUUUCCCAUUUCAGAAUGGUUCAUAGAGGUUCUUUCUUUGCUGAAUUGAAGACUACUACUGUUAGAAAGUUGUUACCUGAAUCCUGGGGUUUCCUCUGUCCUGUUCAUACUCCUGAUGGCUCUCCAUGUGGGUUGUUGAACCAUUUGGCUCAUAAAUGUAAGAUUUCCACUGUGGCUUCCGAUGUUUCUAAAGUUCCUGCUGCUUUGGCUCAAUUGGGUAUUUCGCCUGCCAAUUCCUUUGCUGCUGGUCCAAGUUUAUCUUGUGUUCAAUUAGAUGGUAAAAUUGUUGGGUGGACCACUCAUGAGCAAGCUAAAAUUGUUGCUGAUACAUUAAGAUUUUGGAAAGUUGAAGGUACUCAUGGCUUACCAUUAGAUUUGGAAAUUGGUUAUGUUCCUCCUUCCUCCAAGGGUCAAUACCCAGGUUUAUUUUUAUUUGGUGGUGCUGCUAGAAUGAUGAGACCAGUUAAGUACCUACCUUUAGGUAAAGAAGACAUUUUGGGUCCAUUUGAACAAGUUUAUAUGAAUGUGGCAGUUGUUCCACGGGAAAUUGAAAACAAUAUUCAUACCCAUGUUGAAUUUUCACCAACGAAUAUCUUGUCUAUUUUGGCCAACUUGACCCCUUUCUCUGAUUUCAACCAAUCCCCAAGAAAUAUGUACCAAUGUCAAAUGGGUAAGCAAACUAUGGGUACUCCAGGUGUUGCAUUGGCUCAUAGAUCAGACAACAAGUUGUACAGAUUGCAAUCUGGUCAAACACCAAUUGUCAAGGCCAAUUUGUAUGAUGAGUAUGGUAUGGACAAUUUCCCUAACGGUACCAAUGCUGUUGUUGCUGUUAUUUCAUACACUGGGUAUGAUAUGGAUGAUGCGAUGAUUAUUAAUAAGUCUGCAGAUGAAAGAGGGUUUGGUUAUGGUACCGUUUACAAGGUUGAAAAGGUUGACUUAUCCCAAUCCAGAAGAAGAGGUGAUCCCAUUGCUCAACACAUUGGGUUUGGACCAGAUGAAUGGCCUGAAGUGUGGAAGGAGAAAUUGGACAGUGAUGGGUUACCAACUAUCGGUGUUAAGGUUGAAGAGGGUGACCCAAUUCUCGCAUAUUACGAUGAUACUUUAGGUAAGACCAAGGUUAAGACUUACCAUUCUUCAGAGCCAGCAUAUAUUGAAGAAGUUAAGUUAUUGGGCGAUGAUAAUGGAGAUCAAGAGUGUCAGCAAUUAACCAUCAAAUAUAGAAUUACGAGACAACCUCUUAUUGGUGAUAAGUUUUCAUCUAGACAUGGUCAAAAGGGUGUUUGUUCUAGAAAAUGGCCUCAAAUCGAUAUGCCUUUCUCAGAAACAGGUAUUCAACCCGAUGUCAUUAUCAAUCCUCAUGCUUUCCCAUCUCGUAUGACUAUUGGUAUGUUUGUUGAAUCAUUAGCUGGUAAGGCUGGUGCAUUACAUGGUAUAGCCCAAGACUCUACUCCAUGGAAAUUCAGUGAAGAUGACACUCCAGCAGAUUACUUUGGAGAACAAUUGUUGAAGUCUGGCUACAACUAUCAUGGUAAUGAACCAAUGUACUCUGGAGCAACUGGAGAAGAGUUGAGAGCUGAUAUUUACAUUGGGGUCGUCUACUAUCAAAGAUUAAGACAUAUGGUUAACGAUAAGUUCCAAGUCAGAUCAACCGGUCCUGUUAACUCCUUAACCAUGCAACCUGUCAAAGGUAGAAAGAGAUCGGGUGGUAUUCGUGUUGGUGAGAUGGAAAGAGAUGCUUUAAUUGGUCAUGGUACUGCUUUCUUAUUACAGGACAGAUUAUUGAAUUGUUCAGAUUACACUCAAACUCCUAUUUGCAGAUCAUGUGGAUCGCUUUUGAAUACCCAAACCUCUGUCCCAAGAAUAGGUACCAGUGCAUCAGUUAGAUGUAGAAGAUGUGCUACGAAGCUUGAAAGCUACACUCAAAAGGCUCAAUACGUUAGCGAAUCUGAUAUUUGGGAAGAUGGGCAAGGAAAGAAAUUUGUUGGUGGUGAUAACACUACGUCUGUUGCUAUACCAUUUGUCUUGAAGUACUUGGAUUCUGAAUUGGCAGCCAUGGGUAUUAGAAUGCGUUAUAAUGUUGUACCCCAAUAG